GCCGCCGGCCGCGUCCCUCGCUCUCAAAAUGGCGGACGGAGCCGACAGAGGUCCCGGAGCAGGAGCGACGGGCGGCCGGGCCCCCGCGCAGGCCCCAGAGCGAGCUAUGUGGUGUGAUGAAAGAUUCGACUUCCAAGGCACAUUUUUACAGUGCUUGGCAAAACAUGUGCCAAAUAUUUAUUCAGCUGAAAUGGACCCCUUGCUGGAAAAACAAGAAGAAAUGGUCCAGGCAGCAAUAUUAUAUCCCCUGGAGUGUUAUUUGUUUGGAGAGGACCCAGAUAUGUUCCUGGAGAAGCUACAACAGAGUGGAACCUCCCAGCUCUGUGGAAAGGUGUUCAAAGGAGGGGAGACAACAUACUCUUGCAGAGACUGUGCAGUUGAUCCAACUUGUGUACUCUGUAUUGACUGCUUCCAGAAUAGCAUUCACAAGAAUCACCGGUACAAGAUGCAUAGCUCCACUGGAGGCGGUUUUUGUGACUGUGGAGAUACAGAGGCAUGGAAGGCUGGACCACUGUGUACUAAGCAUGAGCUUGGAUCAUCGAGUUCUCCAAAAGAAAAUUCUGAAUGUCAGUUGAAUGAAGAAAUUAUGGAGCACUCUAGGAGGGUGUUUCCCUCUGUGAUAAAAUACAUUGUAGAUAUGCUUAUCUGGGAAGAAGAAAAGGAACUGCCUCCGGAGCUCACAGUUAGUAGAGAGAAAGUAGACAGCUACUACUGUGUCCUUUUCAAUGAUGAACACCAUUCUUAUGACCAUGUCAUCUACAGCCUGCAAAGGGCACUUGGCUGUGAACUUGGUGAAGCCCAGUUGCAUACUACUGCCAUAGAUAAAGAGGGUCGUAGAGCUGUUAAGGCAGGACAUUAUGCCUCUUGUCAGGAAGCAAAAGAAGAAAUUAAGAGGCAUUCUGAAAAUGUUUCUCAGCGACCACUUCACGUGGAAGUUCUGCACGCUGAUGUUAUGGCACACCAGAAGUUUGCUUUGCGCCUUGGUUCUUGGCUGAACAAACUCAUGAGCUAUUCAAGUGACUUUCGCCAGAUCUUUUGUCAAAUAUGUCUCAAAGAAGAAGCUGGAUCUGAAAAGCCAUGCUUUAUAAGCAAGUUGAUGCUAUGGGAUGCAAAACUUCAUAAAGGGGCAAGAAAGGUUCUCCAUGAGCUUAUCUUCAGUAGUUUUUUCAUGGAAAUGGAAUACAAAAAACUUUUUGCUGUGGAAUUUGUGAAGUAUUACAAGGCAUUGCAAAAGGAAUACAUUAGUGAUGAUCACGACAGAGUUCUCUCUGUGACAGCACUCUCAGUUCAGAUGUUCACUGUACCCACUCUGGCCCGACAUCUUAUUGAAGAGCAAAAUGUAAUCACCACCAUUACAGAGACACUCCUAGAAGUGCUUCCAGAGUACCUAGACAAAAAUGACAAGUUCAACUUCCAAGGCUACAGUCAGGACAAACUGAAUCGGGUAUAUGCAGUAAUAUAUGACCUCAGGUAUGUCUUAGUCAGCAAGCCUACAUUAUGGACAGACCGCCUGAGGGAGCGUUUUUUGGAAGGAUUUGUUUCUUUCCUAAGGAUUCUAACUUGCAUGCAGGGAAUGGAAGAGAUAAAAAGACAGAUUGGCCAGCACAUUGAGGUGGACCAUGACUGGGAAGCAGCUAUUGCUAUACAGAUGCAGCUCAAGAACAUUCUUUUGAUGUUCCAGGAGUGGUGUGCCUCUGAUGAAGAGCUGUUGCUCAGGGCCUACAGAGAAUGCCAUAAAGCUGUGAUGAGGUGCAGCACAAAUGGUCGCUCUCGGGAAAAGACAAUGUUUCACUUAUGUGGCCAUACCCUGGAGAGCAGACCUUACAGAGUGUCUGCAGAUCCUGUCAGCAUACAUUUGCCACUGUCAAGGACUCUUGCUGGUCUUCAUGUACGACUAAGCAAGACGGGAGCCAUCUCAAGAUUACACGAGUUUGUUUCUCCUGAAGAAUUUCAAGUGGAGCUGCUAGUAGAAUAUCCUUUGCGAUGUCUUGUCUUGGUGGCUCAGGUUGCUGCAGAGAUGUGGAGAAGGAAUGGACUCUCUCUGAUAAGCCAGGUAUUCUAUUAUCAAGAUGUUAAAUGCAGAGAAGAGAUGUAUGAUAAAGACAUCAUCAUGCUCCAGAUAGGUGCAUCUCUUAUGGAUCCAAACCAGUUCCUCCUGUUGAUGCUGCAGAGAUACGAGCUUGCUGAUGCUUUCAAAAAGAUCAAACCCACCAAAGAUCAGGAUUUAAUCAAACAAUAUAACAUUUUAAUAGAAGAGAUGCUACAGAUUCUCAUCUAUGUUGUGGGGGAAAGAUAUGUUCCUGGAAUCAGCGAUGUGACAAAAGAAGAUGUUAUAAUGAGAGAGAUCAUCCAUCUGUUAUGUAUUGAACCAAUGGCUCACAGUGCAAUUACUAAGUCUUUGCCUGAAAAUGAGAACAAUGAAACUGGCUUGGAGAAUGUAAUUGAUAAAGUGGCUACAUUUAAGAAACCAGGUGUCUCUGGCCAUGGAGUUUAUGAACUGAAAGAUGAGUGCUUGAAGGAAUUCAAUAUGUUCUUUUAUCACUAUACUAAGACCCAGCACAGCAAGGCUGAGCAUACACAAAAGAAAAGAAGAAAACAAGAAAACAGGGAUGAAGCACUGCCACCACCUCCUCCUCCAGACUUCAGUCCUGCCUUCAGCAACGUGGUGAGGAUUCUGAACUGUGAUGUUAUGAUGCACAUCCUGCGGACACUUCUUCAGAGGGCAGUGGAACUGGAAACCCACUUGUGGACUGAGGCUAUGAUUCAAAUGGUGCUCCAUCUCCUUUCUUUAGGGUUACUAGAGGAGAAGCAGCAGUUACAGAAGUCUCCAGAGGAAGAAGUAUCCUUUGAUUUUUAUCACAAAGCAACACGAAUGGGAAGCUCAGCCUUAAAUGCUGUGAAUGUAUUAAUGCUUCUGGAAAAAUUGAAGAGAGUUCCUCAGUUAGAGGCACAGAAGGACACAGUCAAUUGGAUACUGCAGAUGUUUGACAUGGUGAAAAGACUGAGGGAAAAAUCUAGUUUAACAACAGUAGCAACUGCAUCGGCCUCAGAAGCUGCAAAAGGUGAUGAGACACAGAGCACUCAGGAUAAAGAGAAAGCUGAGCGGAAGAGAAAGGCAGAAGCAGCAAGGUUGCACCGUCAGAAGAUAAUGGCCCAGAUGUCUGCACUUCAGAGGAAUUUCAUUGAAACCCAUAAGCUCCUGUAUGAAAACACACUGGAGGCUCAGGGGAAAGAAGAUGCUAUUAUGGAGGAAGAAAGCGUGUCUUCAGCAGUUGAUUACUCCAAAAUUGCUUUGGGUCCCAAACGAGGUCCAUCUGUUGCUGAGAAAGAGGUCUUGACCUGUAUUCUUUGUCAGGAGGAGCAAGAAGUAAAGUUGGAAAGUGAUGCCAUGGUGUUAUCUGCCUGUGUCCAGAAAUCAACUGCCUUAACUCAGAAUAGGAGCAGAAUUCUUGAACUCUCAGGAGAUACACUAGAUCCUCUCUUCAUGCACCCUGACUUACCCUGUGGGACACACACAGGAAGCUGUGGUCAUGUGAUGCACGCAGCCUGCUGGCAGAAAUACUUCGAGGCAAUGCAGCUGAACUUUCGACAGCGUCUGCACGUUGAACAGAUAUUUGACUUGGAGAAUGGAGAGUAUCUCUGUCCGCUUUGCAAAUCUCUGUGCAAUACUGUGAUUCCUAUCGUUCCAUUGCAGGCUCAAAAAAUAAACAGUGAGGAUGCAGAGGCAGUAGCUCAAAUCCUGUCCCUAGCUAGGUGGCUGGAGAUUGUCACAGUCAGGAUAUCAGGCUACAGUGUGAAAAAUGCUAAAGGAGAGAAGCAAAAUCUUCCAGCUUUCGCCAACAGGGGAAUGGGGAACUCUGCUUUGGAAUUCCAUUCCAUCCUUAGUUUUGGAGUUCAGUCCUCAGCCAAGUACUCAAGCAGUAUCAAGGAGAUGCUUAUUCUCUUUGCCACCACCAUUUAUAGAGUUGGGCUAAAAGUUGCUCCAAACGAAGCUGAUUCGCGCAUUCCUAUGAUGACCUGGAGCACAUGUGCUUUUACUAUCCAGUGUAUAGAAAACCUCUUGGAAACGGAGGGCAAGCCUUUAUUUGGAUCUCUACAAAAUAGACAGCACAGUGGCCUUAAAGCAUUAGUGCAGUUUGCAGCUGCUCAGAGAACAACAUCACCACAGGUCCUGAUUCAGAAACAUCUGAUUCGUCUUCUAGGAGUUCUCCUACCAAACUUUAAAGUGGAGGACACUCCAUCACUUUUAGAAGUAGAUAUGUUCCACAUUUUGGUGGGAGCUGUGUUAUCCUUUCCAUCAUUAUACUGGGAGGAUGCUGUAGACUUGCAACCUUCAUCAAUUAGUUCAGCCUAUAACCACCUCUACCUCUUCCAUCUGGCAACACUGGCACACAUAACGCAAAUUGUCAUCUCUUCAGCAACAGAAUCCUCCACUGCUUGCUCACCUGACAACAGUGAGGAGGCACAGUCUGCACAGUCUUUCUGUAGAGAAGUUUGCCAGUACACCAGUGGUUGCUUUAGCCAGGAUAUUCCAGGCUGGCUUGUGUGGGACUGUGUUAAAAAAGGCAUCAUGCCUUACCUUCGUUGUGCUGCUUUAUUUUUUCAUUAUUUGCUGGGAGUUUCUCCGCCUGAAGAACUACUACAAGAUUCUGAAGAAGGGCAAUUCAAGGCACUUUGUAGUUACCUCUCUCUACCUACAAAUUUAUUCCUGCUCUUCCAUGAGUAUUGGGACACAGUAAAUCCACUGCUUCAAAGGUGGUGUGCUGACCCAAUGGUGUUAAGUUGUUUGAAGGGGAAAAGCAUUGCAAUAAGGUAUCCUAGGAAAAGAAAUCAUUUAAUAGAGCUUCCUGAAGACUACAGUUGCCUUCUGAACCAAGCCUCUCAGUUUAGAUGUCCACGGUCUUCUGAUGAUGAACAAAAACAUCCAGUAUUGUGUUUAUUCUGUGGGGCUAUGUUGUGUUCCCAGAAUACUUGCUGUCAAGAACUGGUGAAUGGAGAGGAGUUGGGAGCCUGUACUUCUCAUGCUCUUCAGUGUGGAGCUGGAGUCUGUAUGUUUCUCAAAAUCAGGGAAUGUAAAGUCGUCCUUAUUGAAGGUAAAACCAGGGGCUGCUUGUACCCUGCACCCUACUUGGAUGAGUAUGGAGAAACAGAUCCGGGUCUAAAAAGAGGCAAUCCCUUGCACUUAUGCCGGGAGCGUUACCGAAAGCUCCAUCUGCUAUGGCAGCAACACUGCAUCAUAGAGGAGAUUGCCAGGAGCCAAGAAACCAAUCAGAUCUUCUUUGGAUUCAACUGGCAACUGCUCUGAGUCUCUUGAUUUUUAGUGGAAACUCUUACCUUUGGCAGUGCUUUGGAAAAGGAAAGGAGGGUGGCAGUAAAAAAAAACCUACUCAAGUGAAUUCUGUAGUUCAGACACAAUUGGUGGAUUCUCUAGGUUGGAUGUAUCACUGAUAUAAUGAAACAGAAUCUCAUGUCGUGUUUUCCUUGUAUUUUUUUUCUCCUUUCUAAAAGGAAAACCACAUUCAGUAAUUAUUACUGAACAUUCAUGUCCAGAAAUAUUUCCACUUUUUUCACAAGUUGUACUUAUUUCAUGUAUUUUCAUGAGGACAGCUUCCCAAAUGCUGUGCUUCAGAGCACACACCACACUUCUGUCUCUUCCAUGCCUUGAGAACAUACCAAAAUGGUGUUGCCAAGGAAAAGCCUCCUUUACUUUCUCUCUGGGUUCUUUUCCCAAGCUUUAGUGAAGCUUUAAAUAGGUCAAGAUAAUAUUGGAGUGGAAGUGGUGCCAGGCCUUUAGUCAUCUGUAGCAACAGGUACAAUAGAGAGUAAAUUUUACAGAAAUAGUCUCCAUUCAGCUAUGGAGAUUUAAUGAAGAGUUUUCAUUAAUGAAUUCUUCAAAUGAGAAGUGUGGGAUAGAAAGUGCAUGAUGGGAAUUACCAUCUUGCUUGUUGCAUCAAAAAAUUAAGUCUGUGCUUUUUGCGUUGCCAGAACUGCACUUUAUCUAAAGAAUUUGUCCUCUAUUAGUGUUGUAUGAGGUCUAGGGCUACAGUAUUUGGCUAGGUUGUGGUUAGUUUUACUUUUUUACAGUUUGUUUUCUGAGGUUUUCCCCAAGAAUCAAAUGUAAAAAUAUUGCUGCUGGGUAGUUGUAGCGUAGCUCUGCAAGUUAUACAAGAGCCAGAGACUUCAGUAAAGUAAAUGACCUUCAAAGCUAUCACUGGACUAAAAUAAAGUCCUGAAAGCAGCAAGUUUUAGAAUCAGAAAUAAGUUUUCUCAUAUUUGAGGGGUUUUCCACUCUUCAUCCUCUGUUACUAUUGUUUGGAGCAUGUUUUGGAGCCUGCAUAAAUGAAAUGGUGUGUUUUGGGGAGCGUGUUCAGUGGUUCAGUGCCAGGUAGACCAGAAAAGGGAAAAAAAGGUGGCUAAGUCUGUUUCUUUGCCCUCCAGUUAAUAGCACGUUGUGAUUGAACUCUCUCUCAAUGAUACGUUAUUUUGCUUUAGUUCUAAAUGUUUGUUCUGUUUUCUGAAUUUCAACCAUAAUAUACAUGAGAGAAUUUUUAACGUGAUGGGUAAAAAUGCUUUCCCAGGAAAUACCAUUUCCAUGUGAAAGUCUGAAGUUUUCAUUACCCUAAAUUUCCCUGCCCCUUUGCUGUUUGGAUUCUUUUGUGCCAUUUUAAUAAGACUUUCAAGGGGAGGUUUUCAAAUUAAUGUCUGAGAGCAUGUUUUUGUAUGAUGUCCUUUUCAUUUUGCCACGUAUGUGAAAUGGUAGAAUCACAAAUAAUGAUUUAGAUUUAAAUGUUCUUCUCCUGUUUGUUUUUUUUUUUAAAGUUUUUUGAGUAUGUAUGUAUAAGUGCACUGAACAGCACCAUAACUAAUCUAAAAAUGGAAUACCAAUGAAUUCAAAUAUUGUUCUAGUUUCAAAUACUUCUUAAAAACUUUUGCUGUAAUCCUUCCCUGGUGAUACAAAAAGUUGGCUUUGGUAUAUUUUUAAGGUAUUCUGUUUCUUUAAAUUAAGACCAUUCUCCUUAUUUUGAUUCUAUCGGAUUUUAAACCUGAAUAUUAAACUCUUCGAAGACAAACAUUAAUUCUGUUAGUCUUCACAUACUGAAUUUAGAACAGUUGUCAUGAAAACUUGCAUGCACUGAUGAUUUUUAUGUCAUCAAAACACUUCUUACCAACAAAAAUAUUGAAUUAAUACUAGCAGAUGUAUGCCUCAUUGAUACCAAGCUGUAUUCUCUUACUGUUUCCCUCUGAUAUUUACUAAUUCAUUUAUCAAAAAACCUUUCAGUUAUCUCGCACUUCACUGAUGCAAAAAUUCCAUUGUCAAAUAUGCAGUGAGAUCACUUUAUUUUGUUUUCUGUCUGAACUGUAGUAUAUAAGGAGUUGGUAUGAGCAGGUGAGCUUGUUUAAAGCUCUAGAAAUCUCUUUGUAGCUGAAGAAGUGGGAGAAGAAAGUUGCAUCUUUCUGCACGUUUGCACACACUAAUUUAGCAAAUGGGCUCCCAUAUCAUUCAUGGACUAGCGUGGUCAUCUUUCAUUUCAUAAAUUACUAUGCAGUUUUGUUCACUGUGAGUAUAAUCUGUAUUUAGUGAUUGCAAGAUGCUUAUGCCACUGAUUUCUGUUCCAUCCAAGCUGACAGAAGUUAUUUGAUAAUGCACAUACUGGUAUCUUUAAUUGCAAAAAUGUAAAUUUGAAACUUGUAUAAUGUUCUUGUGCUUUUGAAAUAAAAUAUCUUGUAUAUGUAUAUUUAAAAAAAAAAAGAAAUAAAGUAACUUCUCGUAGAUUAUUCAAUUUUUAUUUGACACCUCACAGUUCUUUUUACAAGAGCGGUGUCUGUCAGUAUGAAAAAGGAGAAGGGUUAGUAAAUGGUUGGUAGACAAUACCAGUUACUCCUGUAGUCUGUAUAAUUUUUGUACCAUUAGGAAUGAUGCUGUGCUUUUUCUUACGUAAAGAAAUAUGCUACUUGAAACUUUUCCCAGUAUUUUGUAGAUGCAAAUUCCUGCAGUGUCUACCUCAAUUUGUAAAAUAAGUUUUCAGUGCAGAAUUUAAUAUUUAGAUGUCCUAAAACCAAUUUAGUUGAGUGAUUCUGGUUUUGUAUCUUGUCAAAGAACUGUUUGUCAGAACAACAUCUAGAAAGGGAAGCCUUGUGGUGUUGGUAUGGUGUGCUGUGUGAUACAUGUUAAAAAAAAAAAGGUGUUUUAUUAUAGAGCUAAGCAAACAGUCAAGAAAUCUUUCACAUAGAAAUGGCCAGUACUUCUUGCCCCUUUUUAUGUUACAGGCUGCUGACUGUCAUCACAUCCUCUGCUGUUGUAGCUUUGGGCACCAUUAAGCUUACAGAAUUUGGGUGUUGAUGGUGUUGCUCUUUAUGCUUAUUCUUAGUAAAGCAAAUGUGUUUAAGAAUCAAUUCCUGAAAAGGUAAAAGGUAGAGGUAGAUAAAGUCUACUAGUAAAAAUGUUCUGAAGAAUAUUAGAACAAGAAUCCCGUUAAUUAGGAAAAAAAAGAAAAAAGCCACAGCACUAUUUCUUGCAUAGUAAAAAUCUUAGUGUACAAAAAAUAUAGAGGAAUAUUUUGACCAUCUUGUGCUUUGCUUUAUGGUUGAAAUACACUUUAUUUUCUAGCCAAUAUCACUGAAUAAUCUCCAUUGUAAACUAGUCAGAUUCAUGAUACAACAUUUAAGUUUGUUACUUAGAUUCUUCUAACCUAUUACUUAACCAGAUCUUCAAAGAUACUUUCUUAAAAAAUGGAAGUUGUUUCAUUUCUGUGGCACAAAUCUCUUUGUUAGUUUUCAUGAGUAUUUUGCAGGUAGGCUAAAUUUGAGGGUUGAUACAGAAAAAAAAAUGGCUAAUAAUGAAAAUCCACUCCUAUAGAAGUCUCUCAAAUCUAGUUAUUCCUAAUCCUAGCUACAUUUCUCUAAACUUACACCACUUUGCUUUCGACUGUACUGAAUGUAAAGGAAAUGUGCGUUGAAGGAGAGCGAGCUGACAUUCCAAGGGAUUAUAUACAUGAUUUCAUGUAGUGAUAAGUAAGAGGAGACGAGGUAUAAAGUUAAACAUGAAACAUUAAAAUGGGACCUGAGAGUUUUCUUUUAUUUCCUUGUGACUGUUGCUCAUGAGAUCAGUGUAAAACAACUUACAGUCCAUCAGACUUAAUUUUAGAAGGUUUUUGGGCUUCAUGCUUGAGUGAAUAAGCUGCAGCAAAAUGCUGUGAAGCACAAAGUGGGGGCUGUGGAUUUUAUGGUUGUUUUGAGUCCUUGCUAUGUUUGUGAAAAGCCGUGGUUAAUCUUUUUCAGUAGACUGCAGAACCUUUUGUUUCCUCCUUCUUAAGUGUGCCUAAAGUGUAAUGUUGCCCUUUUGAGGUGGGUACAAGCGUUGAGAUGCAGGCCUAGAGCUCAGAGAGAGCUCAUCCCAAUGUACCAGAGUUCCUGCUUGAGCUGUGUUCAGUGUUCAUUUUAACAAAACCCUAAAUGUGCUACAUUUUUAUAUUUCUUGCUAAUUAUUUUUUCUUUACAAUCAAUGUAGAGUAAGUGUUUUCAGUGGUAAUCAGAAAGCUUUAGAGUAUUGUAAUUGCAAUUUCUAUAAAAGCUAUCACAGUGCCUUCACCAGAAACUGAACAUUACAGUGUUUAUCUUAUUUUGUUUUAAUUAAGAACUUGAUAAAGAAAAUAGUUUUAUGCAUAGAUGAGUGCCUUACUCUGGAAGUUGCUAUAUUGUUAUUAAUUCUGACUGGAUUAAGCAUUAAUAAUAAGUAGGAUAAGAAGUGUCCCUCAAGUUGUAUUUAUUUCUGUAUCUGAGCAUAUGCCCUGGCUUAAAGGCUUGGCUCGCUAAUGCCAUCUUUGUCUUUAACAAUUACAGAGAAUUAAGGUGGAGUCAGUGCUGCUGCCUGAGCUUGUUGUCUUGAUCCAGUGGCUGUGAUGUUAAAUACUGCAGGAAAUCCCAACUAUUGUGACAGGUGCUGUAAAGGAAGCUGGAUAUAUAGGGUGCACUUCCACAUUCUGGGGAAACCAAUAAAUACAAAGCAAAGACGAAAGCAUUUAUUAAGAAAAGUAAAUUUUAUCCUGAUUACUGUGAAAUGAGCUAUCAUCUUUUUGUAAUGUGUCUAUAUUGAUGGAGACUCUGAAUGCCUAGACAGGAUAGGAAUCAACAAUUUAAUGACUUAAGUAAUCACUGGUAAUAGACCAGACAAGGACUGUUCCCUGUGAAAUGUAUUCUGAAACUCAGUUAAUUUCAAAAGCAACCACAUUCCACUGCUGCAGUUUCUGGCAGUUGGCUGAGAGAGAAGGUUAACUUGCUAAAUGCUAACUAGUCUUUUAC